AGGUAAUUUCAGAGAUACUUAAGGAUGAAACAAUAUGUCUAGAUUAGCUACAAAUUACUACUGAAGGAAGAGUAAGUUCCCAAAAGUCAGCGAACUCAGAAAAUGACAGUCACAGCUACCCACGCGUGACGCCCCCAUGUGGGCAGGACGUGGCUACGGGGUAAGAAGCGUGUGAAGCCCACCUCCCGCUGCUGUGGCCCAGCCCCGCCACGGUGCCUGCGCAGAGGAGGUUCCUGGAGCACUGAAUGAGUUAGGUCUCUGGGGCUCCAGUAAGUGACGUUCAGAAACUGAAGGGUCGUUAAGCUCCCCUCCCUCAGGCCUGCCCUCUGCUCCCUCUCUCUGCAGGCAAGGCGGGGCCUCCACUGAGAGAAGGGGACGCGGAGCUCAGAGGGGCCUGGCUGCUUUGCCGGCAUCCCCAGCCCUUGCUCUCCAAACCUGCCCCAUGAAAUCCUCGCAAAGGCGCUACCCGGAAGCCCCGGGGUCCUCGUACUGCCAAUGGGAAGAAAAAGCUGAAUCCCUCCCACAAACAACAAAACAAAGAAAACCCACACCCACUAGCCCCUGAGUGUCUCUGGUGGUGCUCGGAGGGAGCGUGACAUGGGCCCCUAGACAGCCGUCUGGAAUGCACCUACCCAACUCAGCCUGCAGACAGAGCAGUGAAGCUGAACACAGGGUAGGCAGCCGACCAGGGUGCCACAGCCGGGCGCUGGAAGCCAGAAGAUCCAAAUGCAAGCCCAUGGUCUGCACAAAGACUAAACAAACCAAAGAAAACCGUCAGGGAGACAGUUUGUUCCCAGCUGGGCGUGGAAAAAUCCGCAGAGGAGGGAGGCCUCCAUCGAGUCGCUGCUGUGGUCGGAGGCAGUUUACCUGGAUGAGCAGGAGACUCAGAUGCCAUUUAUCUGGAUUUCCGAGAUGCACAGCUUGAUGCUGAAUAAAAGUAUCUCAAGCCAUCCAUGUGAAGAAAAAGCUCUUUUCUAAAAAUCUGAACUCAAAUAUGAAAAGCACAGGUCGCUGUGGGUCUUAUUGGGAGCCCAGAGAGCUGGCAGCAAGGCCUCCCUGAACUAUGCAUCUCUGCAGUGCACACUGAUAAACCAUGCUGUGCUGUUGACUUGUGACAGAUGAAUAUCCUGUCUCAUUAUCCUGAGCUAACCCUCCUAUUUUUGCCCUUUUUGUUGAAAGGAAUUAUUGUUAAUGCAUUUAUUUAAUUCGGGACUCCCAGCCAGACUUCUAAAGCAAAAAGCCAGUCAGCGUGAGGCACCUAGCGUAUUGGGUCUGCAAAUGCGUGUCUGGAAACCUCUGGCAAAGUUUUCUAGUUUUUCCUCAUCACAAGGACAAGACCUCUUCAGACAGACCAGUUAGUUUUUCCGAAGGGGAGACUUGCUGAUUUCAAAACUUUGGACCCAGCUGGAACAUGUUCUCUUCCCUACUUUUGUUUCUUCUGAGGGUUUGUGGAAACACAGCUAUCUUCCAGCCUCAGGACCCGUACGCACGUACAGUAAGUAAGAAGUGGAUGGAAACAGUUCCUCUCACCUCCAUGGAGCUUAAGUUCUAGUGGGGAAGACCCGCAAUAAACAAGACACGUCCCGCAACGAACGCGUUCACGGGCGUCGUGGAAAUCUAGCUUGUGCAUGACGCCCAGCUGCGGCCCAAACCCAGUGACUCAGCCCAGCGCGUUGCUAGGGACGCGCUCCCGCCGUUGCCAGGCCGUGACCCCUCGGGCGGACUCUCGCGAUGGUCCUCGAGACUUCGCGCGGAACCUAGCAGCGGUUGCCUGGAGACCGCGCAGCCCAGGCUGGGCUGGCGCGUUGGUCGGCGGGUCGCGGCCGCCGGGACUCCGGAGCCAUGGCGCCCAAAAAGAAAGGGAAGAAAGGGAAAGCCAAAGGUACCCCGAUUGUUGAUGGUCUCGCUCCGGAGGACAUGAGCAAGGAACAGGUGGUGGAACACAUUGGCCGCAUCCGGGAGGAGCUGGACCGUGAGCGGGUUGAGCGCAACUACUUCCAGCUGGAGCGGGACAGGAUCUACACUUUCUGGGAGAUCACGCGGAGGCAGCUGGAGGAGAAGAAGGCUGAGCUGAGGAACAAAGACCGGGAGAUGGAGGAGGCCGAGGAGAGGCACCAGGUGGAGAUCAAGGUCUAUAAGCAGAAGGUGAAGCACUUGCUAUACGAGCAUCAGAACAGCUUGAUGGAGAUGAAGGCGGAGGGCACCGUGGUCAUGAAGCUGGCGCAGGAGGAGCGCCGUGCGCAGGAGGGUGCCCUGUGCAGGGACAUGCGGGCGCUGCAGGUGGAGCUGAAGGAACAGGAGCUGGCUGGCGAGCUGGUGGUGAAGAACCUGAGGCUGAAACACACUGAGGAGAUCACCAAGAUACGCAAGGACUUUGAGCGGCAGGUGCGAGAAAUCGAGGCCAAGUACGAUAAGAAGGUCAGGAUGCUUAGGGAUGAGCUUGACCUGCGCAGGAAGACAGAGAUCCAUGAGGUGGAGGAGAGGAAGAACGGCCAGAUCAGCAUGCUUAUGCAGCGCCACGAGGAGGCCUUCACGGACAUCAGGAACUAUUACAGCGAAAUCACCCUCAACAACCUGGCUCUCAUCAACUCCCUCAAGGAGCAGAUGGAGGCCAUGCGGAAGAAAGAGAGGCACCUGGAGAAGGAGAUGAUGGAGGUGUCUGCGCAGAACAGGCUCCUGGCAGACCCCCUGCAGAAGGCUCGGGACGAGAUGAGCGAGAUGCAGAAGCAGCUCGGGGGCUACAAGAGGGACAAGCAGAUCCUGCUGUGCACGAAAGCCCGUCUGAAAGUCACCGAGGAGGAGCUGAAGAGCCUGCAGUGGGAGCACGAGGUUCUGGAGCAGCGCUUCAUCCAGGUGCAGCAGGAGCGGGACGGGCUGUACCGGAAGUUCACCGCAGCCAUCCUGGAGGUGCAGCAGAAGGUGGGCCUCAAGAACCUCGUCUUGGAGCGCAAGGUACAGGCCCUGGCCACCGCGGUGGAGAAGAAGGAGGUGCAGUUCAACGAGGUGCUGGCGGCCUCCAACCUGGACCCUGCGGCCCUGACCCUCGUGUCCCGCAAGCUGGAGGACGUUCUGGAAUCGAAGAACAGCACCAUCAAGGACUUGCAGUACGAGCUGGCCCGGGUCUGCAAGGCCCACAAUGACUUGCUGCGUACCUAUGAGGCGAAGCUCCUGGCCUUUGGGGUCCCCCUGGACAACGUGGGCUUCAAGCCCCUGGAGACGGCCGUGAUCGGGCAGACGCUGGGCCAGGGCCCCGCAGGACUCGUGGGCACCCCAACGUAGCCCCUGCCCGGGGCCACUGCCCGGAUGACACCCACCUCACGCACCGAGGACGGCAGGUAUUCGUUUUGUAGACGUGCGUCGUCAGCAAAUGAAGGUUUUCACAAGUGCUGCGUGUCCUGUUGCGUGGCUGUGUGGAGAGGCGCCCCCAGGGCCCACGAUGCCGUCCGGCCCCUUCCCCGAGCCCGCCAGCUCUGUGCGCACACCCGCCCCCAUCCCACCUGGGGCUGGGCAGCUCCAGCCGAGCGUGCCUAGUGACCGCAGCCGCCUCGCAGAUGCCAGCAGCAACUUUAUUGAAGCCCGAGUGACAGCUGCCACUGGGGAAUCGGGGCCAGAACGUCCCUGGGAAGUGUGACCCUGGUGCCCGUGAGCAACAAGCCUGCCCUGCUGGUCGGGGGCGGCUCAGCCUGCCGUGGUGACGGGUCCGGGCUCGCAGGCCGGCUGCCGGUCAGCCGCUAGCUCCCUCGGUACGUGGUAUAAGACCACGGGCUCAGCAGCAGCGGCACGUGGAACUUGUGGGUCUCGUUUGUGAUGGUGAAAACGACCUGCGGGCAGAGGGGACACCGGGGGAGCCAGGGGCCAGCAUGGAGCGCACUCAGCCUGGCCUCAGUGCUGCCAUGGACUCAGCAGCCCAGACGGCUGACCUGGGGAUGCAGUUGGGGGGCAGGAGCCCCAGGGCCAGCUGGGGGGUGGUGGGUGUGGCUGGGUCCUCCCCAGAGAAAGCACGCGAUCUGAGGGGCCCUGGGCCUGCAGGUUCCCAAGGGGUCCCGCCCGAACAGGUCAACUGAAGGGGGACAGUGAGCUGGACGGGGCUUGGGUGAACCUCUGUCCGCAGGGGCUGAGUCAGCCUGACCCCGGAGCAGGUCAGGGACGGGUGUGACGUGGUCAAGCCCGGCACCCCUUUCUUCUGGGAGCCCAAAGCAGGUGCGAGGUAGUGGAGGCGCAGGGCCGGCCUGCGGGUCACGGUGAGUCAUGGGCCUCCACCCGUCUGGCCCUCACCUCCACGUACGGGUAGAAGCUCUCCCGGCCCCUCUUCUGCCAGUAGCCCUCAGUGUCGAAGGACAGCUUGUAGGUGCCCGCCUUCAUCUGGCCUGGCAGCAGGAGCCCAGGGCAGCGGCCGUCAGGGUCCGUGUAGCUGGGGAGAGAAAGGGGGGGGUCCCUGCAGAGGGGGCUGAGGAGCUCCCGGCCUGGGUCCCCCGGGGCUGCGUGCCCACCGGCCUCCGAUGUCCCCGCAGCCUGACUGGGACUCGGGUGAGCGGGCCUGGGCGGCUAUGGAGCAGGACAGCCUCCAGGACCUGGGGCUCUGGAGCAGCCCAGGGACACUGCGCACUGUUUGAGAAAUCACAGAAAAGCAGAAGGGAGAAAGUUCCCACAAUCUACCCCGUGAGCAAUAAUCGCUUUAUAUCUGGCAUGUGUACCUUUCAGAUUUUCUCUAUGUGUAAAUAUGCUCAUUUACAAACUUUAAGAACGGGUUGUACUAGUCACACUGUUUUAUAACGUGUACUUUUUGUUUAAUAUACUGCGUGUGGCUUUCUGGU